AGAUUCAUCGCACCUUCACCAGAGCCCAGUGUUCAUCUCCAUUUGGAGAAACAAAUCUCCCUCUCUCUCUCUCUCUCUUCAAGCACGAAACCAUCAGACAAUACUAUAAUAUACAUCCGAGGAAGGAGGGAGAGAGAGAGAGAGCGCCCUCCCACGCCACGGGGGCGUGCACUCUUUCGACAUCGCUCGCUUUCAUUCGCACGGAAACCCUCCCAUCCGACCUAACAAAAGGGGAGGGGAGUAGGACAUAAAGGAAGAAAUCGCCCCCAAGUCCUAAAAUUAGGGUUUCUCCCUCCCGGAUCCCAACCCACAUUGCCCCAAUUCGCUUCACAGCCCUUCGGAUCCAGCGCUGGAUCUGCUACCUUCUCGAUCUUUCCAUCUCCCUCCCACCUCAAAACCGCGGAAUUCCUCGCAUUUGCGAAUCCCAUCCCGAUCGGCCUCGAUUGGAUGAUCUGUGGGUCUCCGUAGGGAUCGGGGGCUCGGAGAUCUCGUCCUGUCUAGAUCGAAGGAGGUGGUCUGAUAGGGAGGCGGAAAGUUGGCGCCCCAACGCAGGUCGCAGCGCCACAUGGGUGGCCAGGUGCAGCAGAGCAACGCCGCGGCGGCGGCGGCGGCUCUGUACGACCACCACCCCGGCGGGGCUGUGGGGGCCGGCGGGGAUGCUGGGGAUGCGGUCAUGGCGCGGUGGCUCCAGUCCGCCGGCCUCCAGCACCUGGCUUCGCCUCUGGCUUCCGCCGACCAGCGCAUGCUCCCCAAUCUCCUCAUGCAGGGUUAUGGACCACAGACUGUUGAGGAGAAGCAGAAGCUCUUUAAACUUUUAAGGAAUUUGAACUUUAAUGUGGAGUCUGCCUCGGAGCUCUACACCCCAACAGCACAAAGUAUAGGAGCAGCGGGUGCAUCUGAUGGCUUUUAUUCACCUGAGCUCAGAGGGGAAUUUGGAGCUGGCCUUUUGGAUCUUCAUGCUAUGGAUGACACCGAACUUCUUUCUGAGCAUGUAAUGUCAGAGCCAUUUGAGCCAUCACCAUUCAUGCAUACCAGGGGUUUUGAUAAUGAUGAUGAUGCAGCGCCUAGCAAGCAACAAGGGCUGGCCGAUAGCAAUAUUAGAUCAUCAGUCAGUGAAAGAGAAAUUAGCACCAAAGAGAGCAAUGUAGCAAAGAUUAAAGUUGUGGUACGUAAAAGGCCUUUGAACAAGAAGGAGAUUUCUCGGAAAGAGGAUGAUAUUGUAACUGUACACAAUAAUGCAUUUUUAACUGUUCAUGAGCCUAAGUUAAAGGUGGACUUGACUGCAUACGUGGAGAAGCAUGAGUUUUGUUUUGAUGCAGUUCUGGAUGAGCAUGUUACAAAUGAUGAGGUAUAUCGUGAGACUGUUGAACCAAUUAUACCAACCAUUUUUCAGCGAACAAAAGCCACAUGUUUUGCUUACGGUCAAACAGGUAGUGGGAAGACAUACACAAUGAAACCUUUACCUCUCAGAGCUGUAGAAGACAUUGUUCAAUUGUUGCAUCAGCCGUGCUACCGUAAUCAAAAUUUCAAAUUGUGGCUCAGCUAUUUUGAGAUAUAUGGUGGGAAACUUUUUGAUCUUCUUUGUGACAGGAGGAAACUCUGCAUGAGGGAAGAUGGAAAGCAACAAGUUUGUAUUGUUGGAUUGCAGGAAUUUGAAGUCUUAGAUGUUCAGAUUGUUAAGGAUUUUAUUGAGAAAGGAAAUGCUGCACGUAGUACAGGUUCUACCGGAGCCAAUGAAGAAUCAUCAAGAUCUCAUGCUAUCUUGCAACUUGCCAUCAAGAAGCACAAAGAGGUAGUUGACACCAGAAGGCACAAAGAUGGCAAUGAAUCUAAGGGUGGCAAGGUUAUUGGGAAAAUCUCCUUUAUUGAUCUUGCUGGAAGUGAGCGUGGCGCUGAUACUACAGACAAUGAUCGUCUGACACGAAUUGAAGGAGCAGAAAUAAAUAAGAGCCUUUUGGCUUUGAAGGAAUGCAUCCGUGCCCUAGACAAUGAUCAAAUUCAUAUUCCGUUCCGUGGGAGCAAACUGACAGAGGUGCUUCGUGACUCUUUUGUUGGCAAUUCGAAGACUGUUAUGAUUUCUUGCAUUUCCCCAAAUGCAGGCUCUUGUGAACAUACCCUUAAUACCUUAAGAUAUGCUGAUAGGGUUAAAAGCCUCUCCAAGAGUGGUAAUCCUAGAAAAGAUCAAUCUACUGGAUCAUUAGUACCUUCUGGCAAGGAAUCAGCUUCAGCAUCAGAGGAUCUUCAUGAGCAAAAUCAAGAGGUGAAAGUGGCGGAGCUGCCUAGGAGAAAUGUGGAAAGUUUAUCAUAUAAUUCCACAUCAGAGCUUGAUAGGAAUUCAUCCAGUAUGAUGUCAAAUUACAUUCAUAAUGGAAGGGAAGAAAGUGCGGCAACAUCAGGCUCAUUUGAGAGGGAGAGGGUUGACAUAAAAAGCAUUCAAAGCAGUUACAAUAACAAGUUAUAUUCUUCUGUUCAGAACUCAUUUGAUAACCAGGAUCAGGAAAAAGUAUCAAAGGUCUCUCCACCUCGUAGAAAAGUUUCUAGGGAAGAAAAAUCUGAAAAAUUGAACAAUUGGUCAAGAAAAGACACUGCAAGUGAAUUACCUGUUGCAGGCCGUAAGCAGCAACAAAUGUUUGAUUCGUCUUCUAAUGUUUCAUCAAGGCAAUAUGAACAGGAAGUUUCAUGUAAUGAUGGUGAAAUUGAUGCCUUACUUGAGGAAGAAGAGGCUCUUAUAGCGGCUCAUAGAAAAGAAAUUGAAAAUACAAUGGAGAUAGUGCGUGAAGAGAUGAAUUUGUUGGCAGAGGUAGACCAACCAGGCAGUCUUAUCGAUAACUAUGUGACACAGUUAAGUUUUGUGCUCUCACGCAAGGCUGCAGGUCUGGUUAGUCUUCAAGCCCGAUUAGCAAGGUUCCAGCAUCGCCUAAAAGAACAGGAGAUCCUUAGCCGCAAGAAGGCACCACGAUAGUUGUUUCCUUCUGAUAUUCUGGGAUGUUUUCCCAUUGUUGCCAGUGGUCACUUGUGCCUAGAACCCAGGUUGCUAUUUUUUCCAUUCUUUCUACAUCUGAGCCAUAUCAUCAGUUAAAAGGUUGGUCGCUUCAAGAAUGUGCGUGAGCUCUGGAAGUGUGGAAGGUGUAGGUGACUUCGGUGGAGCCCCUCUUUAAGUUCAGUUUCCUUGUUUGGUUAUCGCCCUUGUUUGUGGUGUGCGGCUGUCUUCUCUGUGAAAGGCCAGGUUGUGUGGGGAUGCAUGGUGAUAUUGCUGGCCAACAGUUUGUAUGAAGCGUGUAUCCAGUAUCAAGAUUAUGGGGUUGAUUCUGGAUGAUUGGUACCAGAAUAGUGUUAUGGAGGAAAAAAAAAGAUUUUUAGGUGGUUUAAACAUUAAAUUUCCAGAGAUGUAUGUAACCCUUUUUCAGUUAUUGUAUUCUUUAUUUCUAUGUACUCAUUUUGGAAGAACUGACCGGACCCCAGAAAAAAAAGGUGUGCAAAUAAUAUACGUUACAGCAAAAGAUUCUGCACCA